AUGGACUCUUCAGAUCAAGACCAUUUUGAUAAAGCUAGACUCCUAUCUCACAUUACCUGCGGCUCCUAUAACGCCGUGUUCAAGAUAUUGUUUGCUGACGGGACUCUCUGGGUUCUUAAAAUCCCGGCAAAUGGGCACCGACAGUGUUGGAAUGCACCUGCGAGUGAGGCAUUGACCUCUGAGGCAUUCACAAUGCGUCUGAUUAGACGUGGAACAACAAUCCCGGUUCCAGAAGUCUUUGCUUUUGACGCCUCUCUCGAGAAUGAGCUGGGAUGCCCAUUCAUACUCAUGGAGCAUGUUCAUGGGAAACUUUUGCAAGAUGUGUGGUCUGAUCAGGAGAUAUCUCAUGCCAAGCGAGAGCAAAUCCGCAUAAGAUCUCUACAUGGCAUCGCUGAAGCGAUGGCGCAACUCAACUCCUUGGCUUUCAGUCAGGGUGGCUCGCUUGUUUUCGAUGCCAAAGGGGAUGUUGCAGGCAUUGGUAGUUCGAACAUAGUCGAUCUCGAGGCACAGUAUGCAAACAUGCGCUCGGCGGACUAUGACAAUACCAUGGCCUUCCGCCAAAAUGGACCAUUCAAAGAUCCAAAAGCUUACUUGCUGUCUUUUCUUGAUGCUCGCAAGGAAAAAGGCGAGCGCGGCAUAGUCGAACAAGGCGCUUAUAAGCUACUGCGCCUUUUGAUUGAGUGGAGCCUAAUGGAUGCAAGCACCGUGGAGGAGAAGAAGCCGUUCGUUCUGGCUCAUCCCGAUCUUGACAGUCAGAACAUUCUCGUCAAUGACGAUGGUUCCCUUGCUGGUAUCAUUGACUGGGACUGGAUUGCCGCUGUACCCCAUUCUAUUGGACCUCAAUCACUCCCGAAGUUUCUGAUACAAGAUUACGAUCCGGGAAAUUAUGCUUUUGAUGUGGAAGCUGGCGAACCCAUGGAAGGCUGUGUUGCCGAUUCACCAGCAGAACUCGCCUCUUACCGCGCGAUAUACGCACAAUUCAUGGAGUCACAUCUUUCAAAUAAUGAUCGGAUGAACCUGGCUAAGAGCCGUCGGCACGCUGCGCGCGUUCGAAAGUCACGCAAGGAAGCGGCUGACAUAACACGAAGAUCUCUAAUCACUACUACUCUGCAUCUUGCGGCAAGAGCACCGUCUGAGAUGCAGAAACUGAUGGUGCACUUGUUCGAUGAGAUCGUAGAGAUCACGGCUGCGCAGUGGCAAGAAGAGUCCUCGACCGCAGAUUCUGGAGAACAAGACGGUAGUGAAGGUGGCAACAAAGAUGGAGACACCGAGGCGAGCGAUGUGGACAACAGUGAUGGUGUGGGGAAGGAAUUAUGCGUUCACAAUGCUAGAUCCGAAGGGAAGGCAGUCGAUAUCAAGCACCUAUCAAUAGACGAGUUGAUGGACGAGAUAGAGAAGCUUAUGGAUAUGUCAUCGGCCGGCAAUCCAAAUCUUGACUCUACAGAAGAUUCGGCACACCUUCAAGAUACCUCCCCAGUUGGGGAAAAUGCACCAGAGCCCGGAAUUGAGUUUCAAGGGAUGUGCAGAGUGGAGUAUGCGAAGGAAGCUCCUAGCCCUAGAGCGGCUCGCGUUUGUGGAUGGCUCAAGGAGAAGCUGCAGCGAGGAGCAAAGAGCCCUCACAAGAAGACUAGAAAGGAGGAUCUUGUCACCUGUACAGCAUUGCCCCCAAGCUCUGGGCCUGCUAGAGCUGCCCGAAUGUUCUGCGGCUGGACUGAGAAGAAGUUGCGGCGACUGUCUCACUGCUUGCACUGCGACGACGACGAUAACGAUCAGGACAAAAUCGGAUCUAAGAUUGAGGCGGUGCAAAACGGGGGGAUCGAUGUUCUGAAACGGUUACAGACAAAACUCAAGCAAUUGAGACAGAAGUUGCAUCGCAAGGGGAACAACAACUCCACGGGCUCUGAAGGCGGCGAAGAGGAAGCUUCGCGGAGAAAACAGGUCACAAGCGUAUCCAAAGAGCUCACAACAGCUGAAAAGCGAACCGUCUGUGAAAAGUUUUCUCACGUGGUACGAGAUAACAAGCUUUGCCUGACGGUGGACCAACAAGUUGCCGUUGCCCAGUGGAUCAUUCAGAUGCUACAGAGCCCAGAUUUUUCAGACCUGAGCCUGGGUCCUACACAUGGCCCUGCAGAUGGGAUGGCGGAACGCCACGAAGGGGGUGAGCAUGGUGGAGAUUUCGAUUUAGGAAAUGACUCUGGAUAUGAAGAAGGCGAUGAAGAUGGAGGAGGAAGUGGUACUGAUGGUCAAGGUGGAGACGAAGGUAUUGGAAGACUUGGGCUUCAGGAUGGUGAAGAGAACAAUAUUGUGCCUAUAGAUCAAGCCUGUAGGUCGCUGUCAGGUGAGAGCGAUCAUCUUGCGACAGAAACUGCAGAGACGAACUUCGACGAGGAGGAAUCAAGCGAAGUAUCACAAGCCGCGGGUAGUCCAAAGCCGGACAACUCCGAGCAAGUGGACACUGGAUCUUUUGAUCUUUUGGAUGUCUGCAUCGCCCUUGCGAAGGAUGGUCUUGACGAGCCACGCAUGCAGCGACUCAGAGACGGCUUCUUCGGACUGCUGAACCAAACAUUGUGA